CGAGCAUGCUGCGGAGGUUUGAGGUUUGUGCUCCACUGUUCUUGUUUUUCGUACGGUUACACGAACAGGGGAAAAGGCGAAGUGCACUGCGCUGUUGAGACAGCAUUUUUACUGAUAAUGAAUCCGGAUAUAGAUCGAGUUCGACGACCCGUCCCAGGAAUGGGAGAUUGUCAACGCCUGGUUCGUUAAGCAGAGCAACUUCACCACGCGGUUCAAGCUCCGCAACAUUGUCAUGCCCGACGAGGGCGUCAGCGCCGCCGCAGCACAUGUCGCGGCGUGAGAUUAUUGAGAACCUAGGUAGAUACCUAGGUAGGUGAGGGACUAAAUAAACUGAAAUAAGAGACGAAACACGGCUUGGGCGGUGAGUGUAGGUAUGGUAGCUGCUGUACUUAUUCGAGCGUUUGUAUUUUUUAGGCAAUGCAUUUACGUUUAUACAAUAUCAUGCUGUGUAGCCUGUGUUGUUUUAGGGCUUGUGUUGCCACCUGUAUGUGAACUUGAUAGCUUUCACUUUAAUUUGCUGUCCUCGGGGGUGUUGAAGGGAAAGGUGAUGUGUUUUAUCUACUUAUGUAUAUCCCGGGUAACGUCCAGGUUUGGCUGUAGUUUGGUUCUAGUUAACUCCGAGUUAACUUAUAAAUCAAAAGAGUUUUCAUCUCUAAAAUAGGGCGCGUUAUGUUCCGCUUUGGUCCGGGUUAUACCCGCGUUCGCUCGGGGAUCUGGCAUCGUUACUUUUUACUUACUCGGAGUGUAAGUCCCUUGUUUUAUGAAGUCCCUUGUUUUAUCCUUGUUGAGCCAUGUCUGUGUCGACUUGCUAAACCAAACUAAUCAAGUCUCGUUUCUAUCCACCUGUCAACAAACAGACAGACAGACAGAUGACAAUCCCCGUGCCGUCCAUCUCAAAGCCACUCAAACUCAUUCCUUAACCCGUCCACGCCGCUCGCGUCGCCCACAUCAAGAAAUCCACAGAUGCGCCCCGCGGGAUCCCACGCCCGCCGCACGGCACGCACCCUUUGUCCCGCGCCCUCGCUCCAGAACCUCGUCCGCCGUACCUGGAAGUCCGCGUC